UGUUGUCUCUAUGUGCUUUAAUAAUCUGCUUAACGUGUGUUCAACAUCAACGACCACACACACACAGUCAUUUUCAUUCAUACAUAACACUUUAAAUAAUCAAUUUAUAGAAAUAUAAACACCAAAAUUAGCAAAAAAAACAAUCAAAGUAAGCCAUUUAUAGCUUGUUAUAUAGAUACGAUGUAUAAAGUGUUCGUGACGUAAAAUAUUCAAUAGAUGUCGAGCACACCGCAUGGCAUGAAUAAAAGAUACAAGGCAUAUUAAACAUAUCGUUUCAUUAGCAUGUUAAAUGGUAACUAAACUUAUACCGGUGAGCGUCUUUAUUCGGCGGGCAACGAAAAAUUAUGUGCAUAAAAGUGACUGUGUUCUUUCUAGUAAACGUGCUGUGUAUUUUCGGAAUUUACUGCUUAACAGAAGAUCAAAGUUACUGGACCCAGCUAGGGAAAGAUGAACUUGCAGCAGCUCUCAAGAAGAAAACCAAUGCCGGCGUUGCAAAAAAUGUCAUUGUGUUUGUGGGAGAUGGCAUGGGUCUGACAACAAUAACCACGUCCAGGAUAUACGGAAAGACAGAAAAAGGAUAUCUGGCAUGGGAGAAAUUUCAAAACUUAGGAGUAUUGAAGGUUUAUUCGGCCAAUAAACUAGUUCCAGAUUCCUGUAGUACCGCAACUGCCCUCUUUACAGGCGUCAAAGCUAACCAUAAGACAUCUGGGGUAGAUAAUACGGUCGCCUUCAAUGAUUGUGACGCAUCUCUUAAGCCAAGAGCCCAAUUGGAUAGUAUUAUUCAGUGGGCAAAUAAUGCAGGAAAAUCAACAGGGUUUGUAACAACAACCAGAGUGACUCACGCAACACCAAGUGCAUUGUAUGCGCAUACGCCUAAUCGGAAAUGGGAAUGCGAAUCCAUUAUUCCUGAGUCCGCUGCUGAUUGUAAAGAUAUCGGCUAUCAGCUUGUGAAGGAGGGAGGCAGAAAUAUUGAGGUAAUCAUGGGUGGUGGACGGCAAUGCCUGGUCAGUAACGUCCAAAAUAGCUCGGCCGAUCCAAUAGACACUUGGGCUUGCAUCAGUACCGAAGUGGGAAGAGACCUUAUCUCCGAUUGGAAAACAGACAAAGAGGUUCGAAGGGCCACCUAUCAACUUUUAGAGAACAAUCAAGAUUUAGAAAAUAUGAACGAAUCAGCUGAAUUCACAUUAGGUAUUUUUGCAAACGGUCAUCUUAAACUCGAACAUGAGCGUGACAAAGGACCCGAAGGAAUGCCAUCCCUGAGUAUGAUGACGGAGGCAGCUAUUAAGCUACUUAAAAAGAAUGGAAAUGGAUAUGUUCUAAUGGUAGAAGGUGGAAAUAUAGAUCAAGCUCACCACCGAGGUCACGCAAGAAAAGCCUUAGAUGAAACUGUUGCGCUCAGUGAUGCAGUCGAAGUAGCUUUAAACAUGACUAGUGAUGAAGACACUCUCAUCAUCGUCACAAGUGACCACUCUCAUUCCAUGGUGUUCACAGGUUAUCCUGAUCGGGAACAAGGAGUAUUAAAUUAUACACUAUCUGAGAUGGACCAAAAGCCUUACACAAACCUUUUAUAUGGAACUGGAGGUCCAAACAACUACCAAUUCAAAGUUUCAUCGACAAACGAAGUGGAAAGGGCCGAUCCGUCCCAGGAAAACACGACUGAUUUUGAGUACUCCCAACAAGCUGUCGUAUACAAUGACGAAGUAACGCAUGCUGGAACAGAUGUCUUAGUUUAUGCAAAUGGUCCAAUGGCUCACCUAUUUAACAGCGUGCACGAACAAAGUUAUGUAGCUUACGUUAUCAGUUAUGCUGCGCAAAUAGGAGUAUUCGAAGGAUUCAACACAAUUGAUUCGGGAAGCGUCUCUCUUAGUCAGUAUUCAAAUUUAGCUUUAAUAUUUUUUGUCUUAUUAUUUAACAAGGUUUUUUCGUUUUUGUUAUAUACGUAAAUCACGCAAAUCAAUAGUAUUUGUUUCCUUAAAUUUAACCAAAAUAUGUUUAAGUAAAACUUCUACCUCUGUAAUAAAUAUUGUGUAGUUGUUUUAAAGUCUCCUUAAAUUAUUUAAUAAUUGUUAUUAAGUUAAUAAAUAUGAAUUUUUAUAAACCUGCUACGAAUUAAAACAAAAUAUACUUCUGCUGUACAAACACA